UUCCAUUCUGAGCCUCAGGGUGGAUUUACAUUCAUCAGUGGGUCCAGAUUUGCAGCUCGCAGCCAGCCUGGCCCCUCUCCUGCCCCUUCUUCCUGCCAGCACUGACCUCAAUGCCCAGUGACCCAGCAGCCCCAGCUCCCCCAGGCCCUUAUCCCGGUAACCAGCGCAACGGCCCCUGAGGGGAGGCGGACACGGUCAGCCUCGGCUCUUUCCUCUCUGCAGACAGCGCCGCCAGCCCAAGCAGCAGCGGCAUGGGCAGUGCCAGCCCGGGCCUGAACGCCGCGCCCCCUGGCUGCCUGCUGCUGCCCCCGGACACAGUGCUGCGCUCGGGCCUGGAGAAGGUGGCGGGGCCUGAGAAGGGGGACUGGAGCCCCAGCCCGCCUGCCACACCCACCUCCGAGCAGGCCCUGCCCACCUUCUACCUCUCUGACUUCGACAUGUUGUACACUGAGGACGGCACCUGGGUGGCCAAGGGCCCUGAGGCCAGCGGCCGGGAGGAGCCAUCUGAGGAGCCCGAGCAGUGCCCAGUCAUCGACAGCCAGGCCCCGGGGGGCAGCCUGGACCUGGUGCCGGCCGGGCUGGCGCUGGAGGAGCACUCGCUGGAGCAGGUGCAGUCCAUGGUGGUGGGCGAGGUGCUCAAGGACAUCGAGACGGCCUGCAAGCUGCUCAACAUCGCCGCAGACCCUGUGGACUGGAGCCCCAGCAAUGUACAGAAGUGGCUGCUAUGGACCGAGCACCAGUACCGGCUGCCGCCUGUGGGCACGGCCUUCCAGGAGCUGGGGGGCAGGGAGCUGUGCUGCAUGUCGGAGGAGCAGUUCCGCCAGCGCUCACCCCUGGGCGGGGAAGUGCUGCAUGCGCACCUGGACAUCUGGAAAUCAGCGGCCUGGAUGAAGGAGAGGACCUCGCCCAGGGCCAUCCACUGCUGCGCCUCCACCAGCGAGGACAGCUGGGCCCACAGCGAGGUGGACUCGUCCUGCUCAGGGCAGCCUAUCCACCUGUGGCAGUUCCUGCGCGAGCUGCUGCUCAAGCCUCACAGCUAUGGGCGCCUCAUCCGCUGGCUCAACAAGGACAAGGGCAUCUUCAAAAUCGAGGACUCUGCCCAGGUGGCCCGGCUGUGGGGCAUCCGGAAGAACCGGCCUGCCAUGAACUACGACAAGCUGAGCCGCUCCAUCCGCCAGUAUUACAAGAAGGGGAUCAUCCGAAAGCCGGACAUCUCCCAGCGCCUGGUCUACCAGUUCGUGCACCCCAUCUGAGGCCCGAAGCCACCCUGGCCACCCUGGCCUCCCUCUGUCCUGCCGCCUUUGCCCGGCCAGAUCUGGCUCGGCCCAGGGAAAAAGAGCAGUGUGGGGCUAAGCCAAGCACGAGGUCAGGGGGUAGAGCAAGCUCCCUGUGACCCAGGCCCUUUCUGCUCACAUGGACAGUGCCCUGGUGGACACAGGCUGCUCCCAGGUUAUGAUCCCGUUCACCUCCACCUCUGACCCUCCAGGUCCAGAGCAGCACCUGCUGAACAGCAGGGACUUGGCCACGGCUGCAACAGUGGGGGCGUCCUCUGCUCCAACCCCUGCCGCCCACUCUGCCCCAGGCCUGGCAUGGAGCUAGGAGACGUCUGCACCCUGAGCCAGGAGCCGGGAGUGCCCCCGGGACCAGGGAACAAAUAUGUGAGAGAACUGGCAGGUGCCCAGGGUCCGUGCAGGGAAUGGGACAGCCGGUCACGGGUCAAGUGGUCAUAGAGGUCACACAUGGUGACAAACGCACCUGCGAUCCCAGCACUCUGGGAGGCUGAGGCAGGAGGAUGGCAAGCGAAGCCCAAUCGGGGCAAUUUAGGAAUUUAGCAAGGCCCUGUCUCACAAUAAAAUAAAAAU